AUGAAAGAGAACCGCUUUGAUUUGAUUUUCAACACUCAUCAAAACUGGAAAGACACCAGAUAUAUCCAGCAUACUUACAACUACUUCGGCUUGGAUUUUUCGACGUAUAACGACACCGAGAAGGUUGAUCUUAUCGGGCCAAAAGAAGAUUUUCAACGAGAAAUUUCCGAACAGUUUUUGAAAUUUGAUAACAUUGACUGUGUUAUGCUCAAACAACCAUUUGGCAUAAUCGAUUGGGUGAGCCCCCCGUCCGACUAUAAUUUCUUGAAAAAUCUCACUUCCCAUAUUGUCGAAUAUUACCCCGAAGCCGAAAUUAUCGAAGAACAAGAAAUAUCAGACUUUGCCAAAUCUCGACUAACUGAUGCUUAUUUUGAUACACAACUCUCUCUUCUUUCUCAAGAGCUGGCGUUCACAUCCGAUUUCUUCUUUUAUUCGAAUCCAUCGACUUGGAGCGCGAAUGUUGUCCUUGAACGACUAGCCGCGGAUAAAUUUGGCGAAGAAAUGAUACUCGACUUCGAAAUGCCAGAUGAAGACAAUUGUGACCUCGGAACACGACUUGGGAGGAAAGACGAAUUCGAUGUUUUCCCGCUUGUUUCAUUCGCUGGAAGUGGAAACACUUGGACCCGAAUGCUUCUUGAAAAAUCUACCGGCAUCUAUACCGGAAGUAUUUACAACGACAAGUCACUUUACGAAGACGGAUUAUUCGGCGAAUAUACCGACCCGACAGACGGGACAACUCUCUUUCAAAAAGCUCACAACAUCGACGACAAAAAUAUUUCCUCCGCAAAAGGAUACUUAUUUCUGAUCCGCAAUCCGUUUGAUGCAGUCAUCGCAGAAUUCAAAAGAAGAAAGGGGAAAGGCCACACUUCAAGUGUUUCUGAGUCGGUUUUCAAAGAAGAUGAUUGGAUUAAACAGGGGACACAAUUUUUGGGCUGGUGGCACAAUCUUAUGUUAAAAAUCAUCAGCAAAAAGAAAGAAAAUAAGGUCCCAAUGCACAUCUUUUUCUACGAAGACUUAAAAAUCAAUGCGACCCGAGAAAUGGCGAAAAUUCUUGAUUUCGUCGAGAGCCAAAAAUAUUAUGCCGUUCCAGAUCGAGAAAGAAGAUUGCAGUGCCUUGAAAAAAGUUUAAAAGAAACUGAGAAAUUUCAUCGUCCAAAGGCGCCGCCAUCAUUUGAGUAUUUUUCAAACGCGAUGAUUGAAAAAGGAAAUCAAUUAAUCAAUGAAGUUUACGAUCUUUUUGAAGAUAACGAAUUACCAAAAUUCGAGAAAAAAAGAUAUUUGAGAACGAAAACCCUCGAAGAAUAA